UUUGUGUCACGGGUUUAGGUCUAUGCGCCUUCUCCUAAUUCAGAUGACUUUAAUAGAGAAUCUCCAAGUUAUCCAUCUCCUAAACCACCAAGCAGUAUGUUUGCUAGCACUUUCUUUUUACAAGAUGGGAACCACAGUGCUUCUGAACUUUGGAGCCCCUCCAAUGGAAUGAGCCAAUCGGGUUAUGGAGGAAUACUGGAAAGUUCUUCUCACCUGUCGCCCUCCAGUAGUUACAACAGUCGACACCCCCACGAGCGCCUGAGCUACCCCCCUCACUCAGUCUCACCAACAGACGUAAGCACCAGUCUUCCGCCCAUGUCUAGCUUCCACCGGGGCAGUAGCAGUAACUCCUUAUAUGCUGCCGCCACCUCUCAUACUCCACCAGUCAAUGGAUCAGAUUCCAACGUGCUUGUUAAUAGAGGGAAUCCUGCUGGAAGUUCGCAGACUGGGGAUGCCCUUGGAAAAGCUUUGGCCUCUAUUUAUUCUCCUGACCACACUAGCAGUAGUUUUCCUUCAAAUCCCUCAACACCCGUUGGAUCACCAUCAUCUCUCACAGGUGCUGGUCAGUGGUCAAGAACUGGAGGACAAGCCCCUUCGUCUCCAAGCUAUGAAAAUUCUUUACACUCCUUGAAAAAUCGAGUUGAGCAACAACUUCACGAGCAUUUGCAAGAUGCUAUGUCCUUCUUAAAGGAUGUCUGUGAGCAGUCCCGAAUGGAAGAUCGCUUGGACAGACUCGACGACGCCAUCAAUGUGCUGAGAAAUCAUGCCGUGGGGUCUUCAACGAGCCUGGCAGGUGCCCACGGAGAGAUGGAGGGCUUGUUGGGGCCAUCCCACAAUGGGCCUGUUAGCACCUUGAGUGCCACUUAUGGCACGUCCGGCCUUGCCACAGCCAGUAGACAAGCUUCGAUGGUCAGUACUCAUCGGGAAGACAGUGUCGGCCUCAGUAGCAGCCAUUCAGGGCUGUGUAACGCCAUUCCUGCCCAGAGUGCAGAACUAAAUCAUAAAACACAAGAAAGCUAUAGAGUGCUGUCUGCUGGGCUGCCAACCCCUUCAGUAGCAUUGGGCCCGGUGGAGAUCAAGUCGGAGCACAAGGAGAAAGAGGAAAACGCACAUGAACCUGCAUCUUCUGAUGACAUGAAGUCUGAUGAUGAGUCCUCCCAAAAGGAUAUCAAAAUCUCCUCAAGAGGCAGGACAAGUAGCACUAACGAAGACGAGGAGUUGAACCCAGAGCAGAAACUGGAGCGGGAGCGGGAGCGGCGGAUGGCCAACAACGCUCGGGAACGCUUACGUGUCCGGGACAUUAACGAAGCCUUCAAGGAGCUGGGGCGGAUGUGCCAGCUUCACCUGAAGAGCGAAAAGCCCCAGACCAAGCUGCUGAUCCUUCACCAGGCUGUGGCAGUCAUCCUCAGCCUGGAGCAGCAGGUCCGAGAGAGGAACCUAAACCCCAAAGCAGCCUGCCUUAAGCGAAGGGAAGAGGAAAAAAGUUCUGUUGUAUCAGCAGAGCCACCAGCUCCCCAUCCAGGAAGCCAUCCGGCACUUAGUGAAACUGCCAACCCAGUGGGACAUAUGUGAACAUCAACCAGAAUUCCAGAACCAUGUGGAAGAGACCGAGAAGGGGAUCUUUUCUUCACAAGGACACUCAAAAUAACAUUUAACAGGACCAUCUACUAGGAGAAGCAACAAAUCCAGAAGUGGCCAUUUGAGAAAAAUUACAGGUCAUCCCUGCCUCAGAAGAAAUGGUGCCGGUGUCUUCUUCCAAGAGAAUUUUGGCCCAGAGACCGUUGGUGCAUCUCCUUCUCUUCCUCUCGGUCCUCCUGUCGCUCUAGCACAAUCAGAGACUGAUCUCUCCACUUGGUGUGGAAAUUGCCUUGUGCCUAAACUGAAUUGACAAAUGCAUUGUAACUACAAAAGGUUAUUUAUUUGUAAUGGAACUAUAAAGAUCCACAGUAUGAAGGGAAACAUUGAUCUAUUUAAAGCUGAUGGUUCGGUUGAGAUACUGAUAUUGAGAAGCGCAUUCCAAGAAUGAAGCCACAACUACCACUGACCCUUCACAUUCCCACCAUACCUACAAGUGUCUUAAAAGAAAGAAGGGACAAGGGCAUGUUCGUUUCCCAUUUCUUUGGCUGUCAGACAUAUAUUUCCUUGGUAUGUGUCUUGAUCUUGAAGAGCACAUGCCUGCCGUCAGCCCUCUUUUGUACAGCCUUUUGCUUGUUUCCUCACGGGCAGAAGCCAUGGUGGAGCCACAGCGCUCCUUGAGCUGAAAGGAUCUUGGUCUCGAGUUCUCAAACAGCUCCGUUCCUUCUAACGCUUGUCAUGGGAAUUUGUCUGUUUGGUUGAGAGGAAGCCUGUCUAGAAUGGCUUUGGAGCUAUAGGAACAAGCAGAGCAGAUGUAAGCACAACUUGGGUUGAAAUCUUGGCCUGUUAUGAGAGCAGCCUGAUUUUGUCCCUGGUGUGCAAGAAGAAGAAUCCCCAGGCUGUCCUUAUGUCUAGCUGAGUUUCUCACUUCCCUGUGGAGAAGGAAGGUUCCUCCCUUACUGGUCAGUUCCCUUUGCUGGGUGUGUGGCGGAUAAGCCAUCUCUCUGGGCAAGUCCACCUCUGUUGAUCCUCCUUUGAACUUCCAUAAACGCUGUCUUCCAUUGUAGCAGCCCAGAGAAAGGACCGCCGUGGGACUGCCUUGUAAUCCUAAGCAUGCUCUCUCACAGGCAGCGAUCGGUAAAGUUUGGGAUAACUCCUCCACCUUCAAAAGUGUUGUGGCGCUAACUGGCUUAUACAAGUGAGUGUGUUUCAGAUGGUUCCUAACGAAUGCUGGCUUUGUUGAGUGGCUGUUCUGAAGUGACCCUUGGCAAGUCUCUGUGGCCCUUUUCCUUCUGCUUCUCAGUGCUCCUCAGCCAGUGGACUUCGGCUUCGGCCGCCUGGUGGGAGGGGUCCCCUAAGCCCGCCUGGGCCCGCCUGGUGGCCUCCUGGCUCCGUUGGACUGUGCAGCGUUUGUGCAGCGUGCCCCGAAGCUUCCCUUUGUAAAACCAAGAGAGAGAACAUUUGGCUUAUUUUUCACUGUAGCUAGUCUUUUAUACAAUAAUCUUGUAAGAAAGUUUCUUGAAUUCUAAAUAUUACUCUUUCUAGAUUUUUGAAAUCAAAAAAGGUUUUCAGUAAAAAAUUUCUUACUUUAUUUUACUAUAUUAGGUAGUAAAAAAUGUAGGGUUAUUUACCAUAACCUGUUCAUUAAUAUCAGAAAUUUACAAUAGUAUUGUAAGAGCAUAGUAGGGUUCUAGCAUCCUGUGUAGUACCUUAUGGAGUAUUGUAAGAGCUAUUUGUCCGAGAUGAAUUGCUUCUCAUCUUGUUAUUCAGUUCCCAUUGUUGGUUUAUUGCAAAUUUGUACCCCAUGUCAAAUUUCAAGAUGUUACAGAUAAACCUUUUUGACCAGCAACAAAAAGUUGGACACUUUUUCUGUCAAUGUAGCAGAAAACACUAUGUAUAUAACAUUUAUGUAGCAAUAAAUGUGCCAUCCUUUUGUAA